CGGGGCCGGGCUGUGUGAGUGUCUGGGGGAACUGGAGCUUUUACAGGAUUUACUACAACAUAAAUUUACUGCCUUCUCACAGCGAGCGGAUUUAUAUUCCUUAUUCCUAAUGCUGAAGGUUCAUCUUAAGUAACAUCAAACUGAUCAACAAAGCCUGAACAGUGUUGGUCACUAAAGCCGCUAUGCUUGAAGAAAUGGAUUUUUGUUGAAGGUUGGUCGGAUUGCAACGUUUUUAAAACUUGUGGGGACCACAGACCUCUCUUUCCAAAGACUCACAGGACAUAGAACAAUGUAAUUGAUAUGCGGCUUAGAAUCUUAAUUUCCCAAGCAGCUGCCAGGAGGAUAUCAGCUUGAACCUUGGAGUAGACAGCAAGACCAAUCUACUGCCCACAGUCACUGUAGGUCUUCAGGGCUCCUCUAAAGUGAUGCUUUCUUCAGAGGAGCUCAAUCAGAAGCUAAAGAGUUUGAAUGGCAACAUGGGAACCCCACCUGCUGGUACUCAGGGAAAGCCUGAAUGGGAUGCAAAAGCCAAUGGAAAUUCUGCCAUGCCCAAAAUGGGUAUGCGUGCCAGGGCGUCUGAAUGGCUCCCUAGACAAGAGAACUGGGAGUGCAGAGGUGGGCCGAACUAUGAAAGCAUCAUCAUGGGCUUUCAAAAUGGACAGUUGGAUCAAAAAAAAGAAAUCUGUGAAGUGAAUGAAGCACUUUUAGAACCUGAUUGUUCUGACACUAAAUACUCACUGAAUGAACUGUUGAGCCGGUCCCCUAUAAAAGGACUUCACCCCAUUAGACAGCGCAGUAACAGUGAUGUGACAAUCAGUGAUAUUGAUGCAGAGGACUUAAUGGACCAAAAUGCUAUCAACCCAAACACUGGUGCCUCGCUGCAUCGGGAGUAUGGCAGCACUUCCUCUAUUGACCGUCAAGGCCUAGGUCCUGAUGGGUUCUUUACGUUAAUAAAGGGUUGCAAAGUAGAUGCAUUGGGUCAUCGAGGCAUUCCUCCGAUUGGUUUUUCUGAGCUUCUGUGCUGCGACACCACUCUUUCACCUAGCCUGCAGACUGCUGCCCGCAUAGCCCGUGGAGAAAUUGUUCGCAUCUCAGGCUAUGACCAUGUGGAUAGUUCCAUUUUCUACACUCGUGAGCGGGACAAGUCCUUUAUGCGGCGUCUUAGGACGGACCCAUCUGAAACAUCUCUCUUCCGGAAACUCAGAACUAAGAGUGAGCACGAUGGCUUCCGGCUUUCCACAGAGCAAGACGACCGGCAACCUCUCAGUUUCCAAAAGUGCUUUGCUCACUACGACGUCCAGAGUAUCCUCUUUAAAGUUAGUGAAGCUGUGGCAAACCGAGCCAACCUUGGCCAGAGGAAGAACACCACUACAGGUGCCUCAGCUGCUUCACAGUACCAGGUCACUGAUAGUGUUGGAGAAAGUGGAAAUGCUACUGGCCCCGCUCCUUUAUUUGAAUCUCCACUAGGUAGCCACGAAGAUUUGAAUCCUAAAGAGGACCUGGAUGCUGACGAGGGUGAUGGGAAGAGCAACGGCCUGGUGCUGAGUUGCCCUCAUUUCCGCAACGAGAUUGGUGGUGAGGGAGAAAGGAGGAUAUCUCUCUCUAGGAUCAACAAUGCUACCCACAGUGGGGGUGGAGAAAACUGUUCCUUUGAAUCCUCACUAAGCUCACACUGCACCAAUGCUGGCGUUUCUGUGCUGGAAGUACCACGAGAAAACCAGCCCAUCCACCGCGAAAAAGUCAAGAGAUACAUAAUCGAACACAUCGAUCUGGGAGCAUACUAUUAUCAUAAAUAUUUUUACACAAAAGAACACCAGAACUACUUUGGGGUGGAUGAUAACCUGGGGCCUGUGGCCAUUAGCGUGCGAAGAGAGAAGCUUGAAGAUGGGAAAGAGAAAGAGGGAUCACCAUACAAUUAUCGUGUCAUUGUCAGGACGAGUCAGUUGACUACUCUCCGAGGUGCUAUUCUAGAAGAUGCUGUCCCCUCCACAGCGAGGCAUGGUACAGCUCGCGGCCUCCCACUGAAAGAGGUGCUGGAGUAUGUGGUUCCAGCGCUCAGCAUCCAGUGCCUGCGACUAGCCCUUAACUCACCCAGAGUACCAGAGCAGCUCAUCAGGUUGGAUGAGCAGGGCCUGAGUUUCCAGCACAAAGUGGGUGUAUUGUACUGUAAAGCGGGUCAGAGCACAGAGGAGGAAAUGUACAAUAACGAGAGUGCGGGACCUGCGAUGGAAGAAUUCCUUGAUCUUCUGGGCCAGAGAGUUCGUCUGAAGGGCUUCAGCAAGUACAGGGCACAGCUGGAUAAUAAGACAGACUCCACUGGCACCCACUCCUUCUACACUACUUACAAAGACUAUGAGCUGAUGUUUCAUGUGUCCACUCUCCUCCCAUACACGCCUAACAACAGACAACAGCUGCUCAGAAAGAGACACAUUGGAAACGAUAUCGUCACCAUCGUCUUUCAAGAGCCGGGAGCACUUCCCUUCACCCCAAAAAAUAUUCGCUCUCACUUCCAGCAUGUAUUCGUCAUUGUCAAAGUCCACAAUCCGUGCACUGAAACUGUCUGCUACAGUGUGGCUGUAUCUCGAUCAAAAGAUGUGCCUCCAUUUGGUCCUCCCAUUCCUAAAGGUGUAACCUUCCCAAAGUCAGCUGUUUUCAGGGACUUUCUGCUGGCCAAAGUGAUAAAUGGUGAGAAUGCGGCCCACAAGUCAGAGAAAUUUUGUGCCAUGGCAACACGCACACGCCAAGAGUACCUUAAAGACUUAGCGGAGAACUCUGUGAGCACUGCCACUGUAGACUCGGCAGUGAAGUUCAGCUUCAUCACUCUGGGUGCUAAGAGGAAGGAGCGUGUCAAGCCUAGAAAGGAUGCACACCUGCACAGCGUAGGAGCCGUCACAUGGAGCGUAAUGGCACGGGACUUUGGACAGUCGACAGAUGCGGAGUGCCUGCUCGGUAUCUCCAAUGAGUUUAUUGUGCUCAUUGAGGAGGAGUCCAAGAAUGUGGUUUUUAACUGUUCCUGCCGGGACGUGAUUGGCUGGACCUCCAGUUCUACAAGCAUUAAGGUUUUUUAUGAACGUGGGGAAUGUGUGAUGCUCUUAGCACAGAGCAGCUGUGGGCUGGACAUCAGAGAAAUCGUUCAACGACUUGAGAUUGUCAGCAGGGGUUGUGAGACGUUGGAGAUGACACUACGGCGGAACAGUCUGGGGCAGCUGGGCUUCCAUGUGAACUUUGAAGGCAUUGUGGCGGAUGUGGAGGCCUUUGGAUUUGCCUGGAAAGCAGGUCUGCGGCAGGGUAGCCGGCUGGUGGAGAUCUGCAAGGUGGCUGUAGCAACACUCACUCAUGAGCAGAUGAUCGACCUGCUGCGCACUUCAGUCACUGUCAAAGUGGUGAUCAUCCAGCCUUAUGAGGACGGUGCACCAAGAAGGGGUUGUUCAGAGCUAUACCGCAUCCCCAUGGUGGAGUACAAACUGGACAGUGAGGGAACACCAUGCGAAUAUAAGACCCCCUUCAGGAGGAACACCACCUGGCACCGGGUUCCCACCACCAUAGCAGGUCAGCCCCUUCCACGAGGAUCUCCCACACAGUGCAAAGAGCGAGGCAAGGGCCAGUCCGCUCUGCAGCACAGCCAGGCCUCCAUCCCUCGCAGCACAUCUUUUGACAGAAAGCUGCCAGACAGUUCCAGAGCUUUGCAGGACAUGGAAAAUCCUCAUAUCUCCAAUAGCAAGACCGAAGUCAGUCAGCAUUACCGCAGCUCACCAAGUAACCAGUCCUCCUCUAGUGAUCCAGGACCAUCUGUGAGCACAACCUGGAGCCAACAGCCGGGAUAUGAGGGUUCCCAGUCACCACUCCUGCACAAGGCCAUGAGAGGAGAGAGUGAUGAACUGAGAGACAGAGAGAGCACACUGGAGAGAGCACAUUCUGCAGAGGCCAAGUGGCACAUCCCUCCCACAAAGAUACUCAACUCUAUGAAAGAGAGAGGCAAAGACUCACCCAGCAAACUCAUUAGGGGUGGAGAUAAGAAUUGUAGCCACUCUAGUAGCAAUACUCUGUCCAGCAGUGCCUCCAGCAGUAACAGUGAUGAAAAGCAUUUUGGAUCAGGUGACCUGAUGGACCCUGAGAUGCUUGGCCUCACAUAUAUCAAAGGAGCCUCCACAGACAGUGGCAUAGACACAGCACCCUGCUGUGCGCCUCCUCCACCCCCAGACAUGGCUGCCACUGCAGCGGCCCACAUGGUCCUUCAUGGACAGGAAAUUGUGGAGCAGGAAAGCUGGACUACAGAACAUCAAGAAGACAAUGGCGCAGAGGAGGAGCUCACCAAACUGAGGAUGUUCUCCCAGAAGGACGGUGGCUUCUUUGGGCAGCUGUACCUGAUGGCACCAUGCCAGAGCAUGACGGUAGCAGAGAACAGAGAGGGGAGGAGUAAAGCAGGAAUGUUACCAGAAGACCACCUGAAACUGAUGAUGAGCCCACCUGGGGAGCAGAACCACAGGAAGGCACUACCUACUCGCAGCCCAUCUGCACGCCAUUCUCUGUACCGCACUCUCUCAGACGAGAGUGUGUGCAGUAACCGCAAAGCUUCAUCCUUCAGCAGUUCCCGAAGCUCAAUGCUGGAUCAGGCUGUGCCCAACGACAUCCUUUUCAGCAGCACCCGACCGUACCACAGCACUCUACCUCCUCGCAUUAGCCUCAGCCAGCCUGUAUCCAACCUUCGCAAUGAGUUCUGGUUUUCUGAUGGCUCCCUGGCAGACAGGUCAAAGUUUAAUGACCCAGGGCUCAUGCCCCUCCCAGACACAGCCACAGACCUGGACUGGUCUCAUCUGGUUGAUGCAGCUCGAGCUUUUGAAGACCAGCGUGUGGCUUCUUUCUGCACCAUGACAGACAUACAGAGAGCUGAGGCUCUGCAGAUUUCCCAGGAGCUCACUAGACACGUAGCUGCAGUAGGAGAAUCCACACUGAAGACAGGGGAAAACUCACCUGCCACUCUGACUGGCAAAGUCAACCAGCUGGAAGUAAUCCUGAGGCAGCUGCAGCAUGACUUACGAAAGAGCUGCAGGAGGAGGAAGAAACCUUGGGAGGACCAAGACUCACAUUUAAGGGGGGACCAUCCUACCACUGGUCAAACAGCUUUUAAAUUAAAAUUUAAAAAGUCUUUUAUACAUCGACAUAGGUUUUAUAUAUUCAGGACUAUAAUAGCGUGCCACUAAUGGCUUGGAUGUAAACUGUAGUGGAGAAUAAGAUGGACGAUGAGCAGCUGAUCUGUGGUGGUGGUGGAGAAGAGCUUACUUCAGAAACUUCUAUCAGUCUGGCUGGACAGGAGACGUGAGAGCCUGAGGGUCCAACAUCCCUCGGUAUCGGGUCAGACAGGUGGGCAGUCAGUAACUCGGAGGAAAGCAGAGAGAUGGAAUUAGUUUUGACUGGAUUUAUGUAAAACAGAGAAUAUAAAACAUUAUCAGAGUGUGGCUAAUGACUCCGGCAGAUCUAAAUAAAACGGCCUAACUAAAGGCAGAGAGCCAGAAGGUAACAUAGACAUGGAGGCUCCCUGAAACACUGGCAUCAACCCACUCCACCCUCCACAAACCUGAGUGAACAACAGCACCAGCAUCUCAGUUUACCCACAAUUCCCUCUGUCCAUGAACCCCUGAAUCUGCAGCCUUAUCUAAAGGAAAAAACAUUAAUUACCAAAAGCUAAACUAAACAAGUAAGUUUUCAGUCAAGACUUAAAGAUUGAGACUGUGUCUGAGUCCCGAACAUAUUCGGGGAGAUUAUUCCAGAGUUGAGGCGCUUUAUAAGAGAAAGCUCAUCCUCCUGCAGAGCUCCUCUGAAUUUUAGGAACUGCUAAGAAACCAGCACCCUGAGAUCUAAGUAAUCUCGGUGGUUCAUAACAGGAGAUGAGGUCUCGCAAAUACUCAGGAGCGAGCCCGUGUAGGGCUUUAAACAGGAGAAUUUUAUAGUGUAUGCGGAAUUUGACUGGAAGCCAGUGCAGUGCUGAUAGUACUGGACUAAUAUGGUCAAAUUUUCUAGUUUUAGUAAGGACCCUGGCUGCAGCAUUUUGAACUAGCUGAAGUUUAUUUAAGUUACUGCAGGAACAUCCAGACAGUAGCGCAUUACAAUAAUCUAGCCUUGAGGUAAUGAAGGCAUGGACAAAUUUUUCUGCGUCAUGCAAGAAUGAGGCAUUUCUUAGCUUGGCAAUAUUACAGAGGUGUAGAAAAGCUGUUCUAGUAACAUUAGAUAUGUGUUUAUCGAAUGCUAGAUCUGAAUCUAUGAUAACUCCAAGGUUUUUAGCUGCUGAACCAGGUGUGACUGAGAAGUCGUCCAGAUUAAGCAUUAAGUCUGAUAAUUUAUUUCUAGCAGCUUUGGGGCCUAAUAGGAGAACUUCUGUUUUUUCACUAUUUAAUAGGAGGAAGUUGUGCGACAUCCACAAUGUAAUGAGAGUAAUAUUUAUCUGUUUAUCUAAAGUAUUUCUAAAGUUUUUGUGAGAGGAGGCUUUAAAGACUUAAAUUAAAAUUUCAGACAGUAGUGUACAGAUAUCCAUUGCAGGGAUUCUUAGCAGUUUUUCUGAGGCCUAUUUAUAUUGAUAUCGAAAUUAUAUCGUAUCGACCGAAAUUAAGGAAUAUAUCGUGAUAUAAAUUUUGGCCAUAUCAUCCAGCACUACUUAGCACCCACCACAUACACCAUUGAAAGCGCCUAGCAACAUCAUAGCAACAACCAUAGCGAACGGUGGGAGCCAUUUUAGCUGCGCAAGCAGUUUAAUAAAGAUUAAUAAAUAUUCUGGUUUGUAUUCCGUCAAGACAGAGGAUGUUGCAUGUGGAAAGAUAGUUAAGUCAUAACUAACUACAUAAAUGUUUCUUUCUUGAAACCUUAGUUCUUUAAACAUAUUUCUGAAGCUUAAAUAUGUAUAACAAUAUGCCAUACCAGCAUCACCGACUGAACUUGCUGUUCCGCUCCUGCAGUGCCACAUGACACUUCCGGAAUUCUUCCCACCACAGCCUUGUUUUCGCACAGGAAAUUUUCAAAAUGUUGACCCACAUGAGAUAAGCCCAUAGGAAGAGUUUAGAAACUGUUAUUUCUGCAAAAGAGGAUCUACUAAAUAGAUGUCAUUUUUUUUUGCACCUGCCUAAUUGCACGCUUUCUGUAAAUCCUAUAAACUUCAUUUCACUUCUCAAAUAUCACUGUGUUCGUCAGGGAUCUCGUCAAUCUGUGAUCAGUAAAAGCCUCUAGUCUUGACAGUAAAUUGGUUUUAGACAGUAAAGAGCUGAAUAGUUGGUGAGCUGAUGCUGGAAUUGAAUAGGCUUAUAGGUUAAAAUCUUUAAAAUGAUUUCUGCAGUGCUGAAACAACAAACCCAGGAGAGAAUAUUCUCCUCUAUAAAUGUGUGAAAUUAUCAAGCAAACACUUUGUAACUGUUGAAAUACAAGCAAGUUUUAUUACCCAUCAACUGAUAACAUUUCAUUUUGCCUGUGGUG